CGCCGCUGCGCGGGCGAUCGCGCUGAUGGCCGCGCUGGCGGCGCUGGCGGCGCUGGCUAAGAAGGUAUGGAGCGCCCGGCGGCCGCUGGUGCUGCUCUUGACGCCGCUCGCCCUGCUGCCGGUGGUCUUCGCGCUGCCGCCAAAGGAAGGCCGCUGCCUGUUUGUCAUCCUGCUCAUGGCCGUGUACUGGUGCACGGAGGCCCUGCCCCUGUCGGUGACAGCGCUGCUGCCCAUCGUCCUCUUCCCCUUCAUGGGCAUCUUGCCCUCCCACAAGGUCUGCCCCCAGUACUUCCUCGACACCAACUUCCUCUUCCUCAGCGGUCUGAUCAUGGCCACGGCCAUCGAGGAGUGGAACCUGCACCGCAGAAUCGCCCUCAAGAUCCUGAUGCUCGUUGGGGUCCAGCCGGCCAGGCUCAUCCUGGGGAUGAUGGUGACCACCUCGUUCCUGUCCAUGUGGCUGAGCAACACGGCCUCCACCGCCAUGAUGCUGCCAAUCGCCAACGCCAUCCUCAAGAGCCUCUUUGGCGACAGGGAGGCUCAGAAGGACCCCGGCCGGGAGAGUGACGAGAACACAGCUGCGGCGCGGAGGAAUGGCCUGCACACCGUGCCCACAGAGAUGCAAUUUCUCGCCAGCACAGAAGACAAAGAGCGGCCCGAGGAGGCAGAGGCUCCCCCCGAGCUGCCGGCCGACUCCAAGAGGGAGGAGGAGUACCGCAGAAACAUCUGGAAGGGCUUCCUCAUUUGCAUCCCCUACUCGGCCAGCAUCGGCGGCACCACCACCCUCACGGGCACCGCCCCCAACCUCAUCCUGCUCGGCCAGCUCAAGAGUUUCUUCCCACAGUGCGACGUGGUGAAUUUCGGCUCCUGGUUCAUUUUCGCCUUUCCUCUUGUGGUGCUGUUCCUGCUGCUGGGCUGGCUCUGGAUCUCCUUCCUGUACGGGGGGAUGAGCUUGAGGAGCUGGAGGAAGAAGAAAUCUGACAUAAGAGCUGACGCAGAAGAUAAGGCUCGGGCUGUGAUUCGAGAAGAAUUCCAGAACCUGGGGCCGAUCAAGUUUGCCGAGCAGGCCGUGUUCACGCUGUUCUGCAUGUUUGCCAUCCUGCUGUUCUCCCGGGACCCGAAGUUCAUCCCAGGCUGGGCCAGCUUCUUCACCCCCGGGUUUCUUUCGGAUGCUGUCACCGGUGUGGCCAUUGUCACCAUCUUGUUCUUCUUCCCGUCCCAAAAGCCCUCCCUCAAGUGGUGGUUUGACUUCAAAGCUCCCAACACGGAGUCAGAGCCCCUGCUGACGUGGAAGAAGGCGCAGGACACGGUGCCCUGGAACAUCAUCCUCCUCCUGGGAGGCGGCUUCGCCAUGGCCAAGGGCUGCGAGGAGUCGGGGCUGUCGGUGUGGAUCGGGGGGCAGCUGCACCCCCUGGAGAACGUGCCGCCCGUGCUGGCCGUGCUGCUCAUCACCGUGGUCAUCGCCUUCUUCACCGAGUUCGCCAGCAACACGGCCACCAUCAUCAUCUUCCUGCCCGUCCUGGCGGAGCUGGCUAUCCGCCUGAGGGUGAACCCACUCUACCUGAUGAUCCCGGGCACCGUCGGCUGCUCCUACGCCUUCAUGCUCCCGGUCUCCACACCCCCCAACUCCAUCGCCUUCUCCUCGGGACACCUGCUGGUCAAAGACAUGGUGCGGACGGGAUUCCUGAUGAACGUGAUGGGCGUCCUGCUGCUCAGCCUCGCCAUGAACACCUGGGCCCAGGCCGUCUUCCAGCUGGGCACCUUCCCGGACUGGGCCGACGCCCAUGUGGCCAACAUCACGGCGCUGCCACCCACCGUGGCCAACGGCACCUUUCGGACCCUCUGAGGCCCCCCGCUGAGGCCCCUUGGGGCUGGGCCCUCCCAGAGGGCUGUCCCCGCCCUUGCUGCUGGGACCCUGUGGGGGGAUGAUGCUUUUCUGUCAUCCAGUGCACAGCAAGCGAGGGUGGCCGGCAGGGGUCCACUUGGGUCCGCGGGAUCUCCGUCUGUGACACCUCUCUGCCUCGCUCAUGCAGUCCCAGGCCCAGAUCCCCCUCAGAGCUGCUGCCUGAAAACGAGCGCCCCCUAGCCGCAGGCGGUGUGGACGGAGCCGAGCCCAGUGGAUCCGGAAGGGCGUUUGUCUCGCACACUUGGGAUGGGGUGGGGGUGGGGGUGCCCGUGCUGCUGGGCACAGCUGCGUCCCCACUGGCCACUUAGGGUGUCUUCCUGGGAGAGGCGUGGGGCUGGAUGCCCGGCCCAGGAGCACCAGCUGUCCCCACCAUGUGCUCAGUGCCCGCUCUGCAGCCACCGUGGGGCUCCACUCCUGCUGGGACCCCUGGGAGCUGGGAGGAGAGGCGGCUUCCUGGGGUCGCGGAGACUGGCCAAGCCUUCUUGCCGGGUCUCCGAGCUCCCAUACCCGCCAGCCGACAUCUCCACCCAAGAGAUUGGCACUCUCCUGUUCACCUGCUUCCGUGCGGCCAUAAUCCUGGUGUCAGGGUGAAGCCAGGGCCCUGCUGCCUCGCGGGUGACCCGUGGCUCCCGCAGCCAGGUCCCUCCUGCCGGUGGCCGCUUGCUUCUUGUCCCAGCCGCUGGCCUGCACCUCCCCCAGCGUGCCAAGUGCCAGGCAGGAUUACUUAGCAAGGACCCCGUUUCUUUCAGGAUUGAGAGAAACAGCACACGACACACAAUGGCACAGGCUGGCAAGUAGUGUGACCUCCCUUCUCCAGACAGGAACCAGGGGCGGCUUCCUGCGCCCCGGGCUGGAGCUGGGCAGAUCUGGGGGGCUCCCCACAGCCCCAGGCACCAGCCUGCAGGCCCUCAGAAGUCACCAGCGUCUGGAAGGCCCCAGCUGAGGCCCCGCCAUCCCUCACUUCCCCUUCCUUUGCUCCGAGGCGCUGAAAUUCCCCAAGGAGGAGCAGUGGGCCAGAGGGUGGCACCCGGGGACGGAAGGGCACAGGCAGGGCGGUUCCCUGAGAGCAGGCCCAGAGCCCCGGGGGCGGGGGUCACGCAGUGUCCGUGGGAAGCGACAGUGUUGGUGGCCGUUCCGGCUGCUGCCGUGGGGCGUGGUGCAGCAGGGAGGGGAGAGCUUCCGUCCCGCUCACGCUCGGCAGAGGAACCCACGGGGUGUGUGACCAGCUGACUCAUGAUUGCAAACACUUCUGAUCAAAACUGCUAAGAAAUAAAGAUGGUUAACAAUCA